UUGACAUCUAGGCAGUCCAUUCGAAACUGAGACAUGGACUGAUAAAGCUCGUACUUAUAGCGCCGCUAUGAGCCGCACGCCGGCACUACCGUUCUUCAUCAAUUACUCCUCAACGUUCUGUUCCUUGUGCACCCCUUGCCUUGUCAUGAUCUUUUUUGCUGAACGUUGAUCAAAUAUACUCCUACCAACUUGGUAUGCCUCGUCUCACGCGUGGUUCACAUUUCAUAUAUAUUGCAUUCCGAUCAACCGCGCCACAGCUCUUUUGUCUCCCUUAGAAAUAUUAAAUUAUGGAGGUUUCACCGCGAAUGCGCGGCCUUAUUUAAAGCCAGGCGUCAACGCGCGCUCGAGAAUACAUCGUCCCAAUGAACGCCCCUCAUUAUCCAGAGCCGACAUGGAUGCGCAUAUCUGGUCGCAAAACUCCAUUCUAUACUAGGCCAUUGCUAGGAUCUGAGUUGUUUGAUGACCGAACCAGUGUUCUAUUUGACGGUAUGACCGAUGCAUGUGUCGGCUUUAUAUUUCAGAGCUUAUAUGCUGCGGACGAAGUGAAACAACGCGCCCGCAAUGCCUUCGCUAGGCUUCGGUUUUCGUGUCCUAUCAUCGCAACCAAUAUAGUGGGCGAUGUUUCAGGUCCUAUCCCGAGAUCAUGGGUAUAUGCGCCUGUGCAAAGCCUAUCGGAGCUCACGUGCUGGAUGAAUGAUGCCUUUUGCGCCGUGCAACAAGAUCUGAACGUUACCGCUUUCGUCGAAGAUAUCAGUCAACGUCGGCUCCCUUAUCGGCCCAAGAACGCAAGUCCCCUCUGGUUUCGUUGCUAUCUUCUCUUGGGCGACAAUAACAAACACGGCCUCUAUUUUCAUGGCCCACAUGCCGUCAUGGACGGUGGCCCGACACUCAAUGCCUUUGCGCUCAUGCUUCAAUGGAUGACGAACGACGCUACCGAACCUGCAGAGAAUUUACCCUGGGGGACAGAAUGGCAUAAUCUACCCCUCGGCCCUGUUAGUGCCACGGGCGGUCCUCGUGAAGAUUGGGAUAUCGCAGGUAUCGAGCUCCUGAAGCAACUACCAGACUCCGGAGCAGUUCGUACAAUACCUUUGGCUUCACAUCCGUUUCGGAUAUCACAAAGUGCCGUCGGAAAGACAUGCAGACUGGAGCGAGUCCUCGACCCGACAUUAACGCGUAGGCUAGUCAACAAAACACGGAUAGUCGGUUGCUCGAUGUCCCAUUUAUUUGAGGCUGCAUAUUGCAUGGUACUGCUCGCUCGCAACCAACUUCCACCAUCCAUAUGGCAUGCCUACCACUUUGAAGGCAACUCCUCUGCCAUCUCGCUGAUUCCACACCUCAAACUACCCUACGAUACGAAGACGCACUUCAUAUCUUCCCGCGCGCAUAUACUGGUCCAAAUUUCAAUGGCUGAAAUAUCACCCAUACUCGAGCCCAGAAGGCAGCUCCUGCAAAUUGCCAAGGCCAUAGAGCAAAGAUACACUAGGUUUGCUACGCAUCCCUGUAUGCCCCACGUCCAGGCUGCAAGGGCAUAUCAACCAGAUGCCCUGUCGGAAAGAUCAGAUAUCGAGAGUUCCGUCAAUAACGUUGGCUCCAUCGAGCGGCGACUACCGUUGUCAUGGAAAGGAGCGCACGGCGCUGAGCCGGUAAUUGAGCUGGAGUCUGUGUUGUUUUCAGUCAGGCUUACGUCUUUAGCUCCAAUAAUCCACAUAUGGAGCAUGAAGGGCAGUCUACAUGUUCAGGUUCAAGCAAAUGACGCCUGGCCAAAGGCAGACCUACAGGACCUUCUAGACGCUAUCUGCUCCCGAGCAUGCCUGGUUCUUGAAGACUUUUCCCAGAAUCCCCCAGGCCGUCCUUCUGACCCGCCCCUGAGAGAACGAAGCAGACUUUAACGUCGGAAAGUCUUUCCUAUUUUGCUUUUAUGUGAUCUUACUGCAUGCGCUUCAAGUAUUCUUGCUGCGAAUCGCUUCCUGAUACCAUUUGCAAACUCACCAAACCUUCUUCGGUUGAACUUUUGGAGCGCUCUUCACAUGCUCUGUUUGGGUCAGGGAGUCAGCCGAAAAGGGCGUGGAAUAUACGGUUGAAGCUUUUAAGGGUCGAAGUUCCAACAGCAAACGAGGAUACAUACAAUUGCCAGACAAUAGGUUUGUUAAUGCAUGAAGACGCUGAAUACUCUAGCAUAAGUACCACUAGUACUGCUUAGUCCUACAGAGGCCCUCCCAAGAGUACUAGUUCUCAGAAGCAAAGUUUCGAACUAAAACUCACACGAUCAAGGCGUAUGAUGUGAGAUCCAGUUCGAAACUCUGACAAUGCUCCAUUCAAGAUGACAGCUA